CACGGCGGGAGCUGCAGCGGUCACAGCCGGCGCUCCGAGUCUGCGCCAAUCAGCGGCGCGGGCACAAAUAUGCAAAUGGCUCGCCGGUGCUGCCGGAGUGCCGCUCGCCGGGGCUGGUGCGGUCCUGCUGGGGGAGUGAAUUGGGCCAAUCAGGCGGGUGCGUGGCGGCGCGUGGGAGGUGGUGCCCCUUCACUCCUCCCGCCGCUCCCUGUCGGCCCCGCGCUGACAGGGGGGCCUGCCCGCACCGCCGGAUUCCGACACUUCAUGAUAUGUCAUUAUCUAGAGCAAUAAUGAACGUUGACCUGUUUUGGAUUAGUUGAUGACCUUUGGAAAUGAUCCGGUAAUACCUAUUACAAAGAAGCUGAGUAUAGUCUAUUUGGAGUGAACAGCCCAGAUUGUUCCUGAAUUUUCCAAGAUGACAGAUCCAAUGAUGGACUUUUUUGAUGAUGCCAAUCUUUUUGGUGAAACCUUAGAAGGUUUGUCAGAUGAUGCAUUUGUACAACCAGGACCUGUUUCACUAGUCGAUGAAUUGAACUUGGGUGCAGAAUUUGAACCUUUGCACAUAGACUCACUGAACCAUGUUCAGGGUACUCCAACACAUCAGAAAAUGACUGAUUAUGAGCAGUUAAAUCAGUUUGAUUCAAUGAAAUUUCAUCCAGUUAAUCAGUCUUUUGGUAGCCCAGCUGAACAUGUGUUAUCUCCACACCCUCAGUUUAAUUGUUCUCCAGUCCACCCCCAAAACCAACCCAAUGGUUUGUUUCCAGAUGUAGGAGAUGGUAGUCCAAUGUGGGGCCAUCAGACAGCUACUAGCAUUUCAAAUCAAAAUAGGUCUCCUUUUCACCAACAAGGACAUUCUCACUCUAUGCAUCACAGUAAAAGCUUUGUGGCACACCAUGAUUUUGCCUCAUUUCAGGCCAAUGAACAACAAACACAGUGCACUUCACUUCACUCACAACAAAACCGAAAUAAUCUUAACCCAGGGCAUAGUUCUCUAGGCCAGUCUAAAAAUUUUAUGGAUGUUAAUGUUUCUGGUCCACACAGAGUCAGUGUUAACCACCCGCCACAAAUUUCUAAUGCAUCUACUUCACAACAGUCUCUUUCGAGGCAGCAGUUUUCGCAGACGCCAAAUCCUUCAGUACACUUCCUCAAGUGUGGCAGUCGUCAGGAAGGAAAUUUUAAUGGACCUUCUCCAAAUAUGACUUCUUGUUCUGUCAGUAAUUCACAGCAGUUUUCUUCCCACUAUUCCUUUUCCAGUAAUCAUGUAUCACCAAAUAGUCUCCUCCAGCCCUCUGCAGUUCUUGGACCUAAUCAUACAAAUCAGACUUUACCUGAUUUUCCUGGAAGUAAUUCCUUUUCACUUCGUAGGGGAAUGAAGCAAGAAUCCACUCAGCCUAUGCUAAAUCCCAAUACGUCACUCAAUUCAAAUAAUUUUCAAAUGUUGCAUUCAUCACAUCCUCAGGGUAAUUACAGCAAUUCAAAAUUAUCUCCUGUGCACAUGAACUUCCCAGAUCCUGUUGAUUCAGGAAGCCAAAUGGGCCAUUUCAGUGAUCAUGUAGAAACUAAUGGCUUUUCAUCUUUAGAAGAGAAUUUACUUCAUCAGGUAGAAUCUCAAACUGAGCCAUUCACAGGACUUGAUCCAGAGGACCUCCUUCAGGAGGAUCUCCUGCCCCAAUUUGAUGAGUCAACAUUUGGGCAAGAUAAUUCAAGUCAUGUUUUAGAUCAUGACCUUGAUCGGCAGUUUACUUCGCAUCUUGUAACGCGGCCUUCUGAUUUGGCUCAAACUCAGUUACAUGGUCAGGCUCGGACUUGGCAUUCAUCACUUCCUAAUCAUCAACAUUUUCAUGACAGAAAUCGCCUGUACUUACAGAGACAGCCUCCAUCUUCCAAGAAGAGUGAUGUUUCUGGGACAUAUACUAAGUUGCAGAAUACCCAGGUGAGGAUCAUGUCUGAGAAGAAGCAAAGAAAAAAGGUGGAAUCAGAAAGCAAGCAAGAAAAGGCUAAUCGUAUAAUAUCAGAGGCCAUAGCAAAAGCAAAGGAGCGUGGGGAACGCAAUAUUCCACGAGUAAUGAGCCCUGAAAACUUUCCUAGUGCUUCAGUUGAAGGAAAAGAGGAAAAGAAAGGUAGAAGGAUGAAAUCUAAGCCAAAGGACAAAGAGAGCAAGAAAACAAAAACUUGUUCCAAGUUAAAAGAGAAGACGACAAAAAUUGGCAAACUCAUUAUUACAUUGGGUAAAAAACAAAAAAGAAAGAAUGAGUCUUCAGAUGAAAUAUCUGAUGUGGAGCAGAUGCCACAGCAUACAUUCAAAGAGGAAGACUCUCAAAAAAGAAGAUCAAAUCGACAAAUUAAAAGAAAAAAAUAUGCAGAAGAUGCAGAAGGGAAACAAUCGGAAGAAGAGGUUAAAGGCUCCAUGAAAAUAAAAAGGAAUUCAGCUCCUUUACCUGGUGAACAGCCUUUACAAUUAUUUGUGGAGAAUCCAAGUGAAGAAGAUGCUGCAAUUGUGGACAAAAUAUUAUCUUCUAGAAUUGUAAAAAAAGAAAUAUCACCUGGAGUAAUGAUUGACAAGGAAGAAUUUUUUGUAAAAUAUAAGAAUUACUCCUAUCUUCACUGUGAGUGGGCCACAGAACAGCAGCUUUUGAAAGAUAAAAGGAUCCAGCAGAAAAUCAAACGAUUCAAAUUGAGACAAGCACAAAGAGCACAUUUUUUUGCAGACAUGGAAGAGGAACCAUUUAACCCAGACUACGUUGAAGUAGACAGAGUAUUAGAAGUCUCUUUUUGUGAGGAUAAAGAUACUGGCGAGCCUGUUAUUUACUACUUAGUAAAGUGGUGUUCAUUACCAUAUGAAGAUAGUACUUGGGAACUAAAAGAAGAUGUUGAUCUUGCAAAAAUAGAAGAGUUUGAACAAUUGCAAGCUUCAAGACCUGACCUGAGACAUUUGGACCGUCCUCCCUCUAAUAUUUGGAAAAAAAUAGAUCAAUCCAGGGAUUAUAAAAAUGACAAUCAACUCAGGGAAUAUCAGCUGGAAGGACUCAACUGGCUCUUGUUCAAUUGGUACAAUAGACGAAACUGCAUUUUAGCAGAUGAAAUGGGUCUUGGCAAAACCAUUCAAUCAAUUACAUUCCUCUACGAAAUCCUUCUGACUGGUAUAAGAGGACCUUUUCUGAUUAUUGCUCCACUCUCUACUAUUGCAAACUGGGAGAGAGAAUUUCGUACGUGGACUGAUAUUAAUGUUGUGGUUUAUCAUGGGAGCCUGAUAAGCAGACAGAUGAUACAGCAAUAUGAGAUGUACUUCAGGGACUCACAGGGUCGUAUCAUACGAGGAGCUUACAGAUUCCAAGCCAUCAUCACCACUUUUGAAAUGAUUCUUGGAGGCUGUGGAGAGCUUAAUGCAAUUGAAUGGCGAUGUGUGAUUAUUGAUGAAGCACACAGAUUAAAAAACAAAAAUUGUAAACUCCUAGAGGGUCUGAAACUCAUGACUCUGGAACACAAGGUGCUUUUGACUGGCACACCUCUCCAAAAUACAGUUGAAGAAUUAUUCAGUCUUCUUCACUUUCUAGAACCCUUAAGGUUUCCUUCUGAGUCAACAUUUAUGCAAGAAUUUGGGGAUCUGAAAACAGAGGAACAGGUACAGAAUCUUCAGGCUAUCCUGAAACCAAUGAUGCUGAGACGAUUGAAAGAAGAUGUAGAAAAGAAGUUGGCACCAAAGGAAGAAACCAUCAUUGAAGUGGAACUUACUAACAUUCAGAAGAAAUACUACCGAGCUAUUUUGGAGAAGAACUUUUCAUUUUUAUCCAAAGGAGCAGGGCAGACUAAUGUCCCUAACUUGGUCAAUACUAUGAUGGAGCUCAGAAAGUGCUGUAAUCAUCCAUAUCUUAUCAAAGGUGCUGAGGAGAAAAUACUUGGAGAAUUUAGAGAUACAUAUAAUCCAGCUGCUUCUGAUUUUCAUCUCCAAGCAAUGAUCCAGUCUGCUGGUAAAUUGGUCCUUAUUGAUAAAUUGCUUCCUAAAAUGAAAGCAGGUGGUCACAAAGUACUCAUCUUCUCUCAGAUGGUACGCUGCCUUGACAUCCUGGAGGACUAUCUCAUACAUAAAAGAUAUUUAUAUGAGCGAAUUGAUGGAAGAGUCAGAGGGAAUCUUCGACAAGCAGCUAUAGAUCGAUUUAGUAAACCUGAUUCAGAUCGAUUUGUUUUUCUUUUGUGUACCCGAGCUGGUGGGUUGGGCAUCAAUUUAACUGCAGCUGAUACAUGUAUAAUUUUUGAUUCUGACUGGAAUCCUCAAAAUGAUCUUCAGGCCCAAGCUCGUUGCCACAGAAUUGGUCAGAAUAAAGCAGUUAAAGUCUACCGACUAGUAACUCGUAACUCAUAUGAGAGAGAAAUGUUUGACCGAGCCAGUCUGAAACUGGGUCUCGAUAAGGCUGUGUUACAGAGCAUGAGUGGAAGAGAAAGUAAUGUUGGUGGUAUUCAACAGCUUUCCAAAAAGGAAAUAGAAGAUCUGCUUCGAAGAGGUGCUUAUGGUGCCAUUAUGGAAGAAGAAGAUGAAGGCUCUAAAUUCUGUGAAGAGGAUAUUGAUCAGAUUCUACUACGUCGUACAAAAACUAUUACAAUUGAAUCAGAAGGACGUGGGUCAACAUUUGCCAAGGCAAGCUUUGUGGCAUCUGGAAACCGGACUGAUAUUUCCUUAGAUGAUCCCAACUUCUGGCAGAAAUGGGCUAAAAAGGCAGAAAUAGAUAUAGAUGCCAUAAGUGGCAGAAACAGUUUGGUUAUUGACACUCCAAGAAUUAGAAAGCAAACAAGACCCUUUAGUGCCACAAAAGAUGAAUUGGCUGAAUUAUCUGAAGCUGAAAGUGAAGGUGAUGAAAAGCCCAAACUCCGGAGACCCUGUGAUCGUUCCAAUGGCUAUGGAAGAACUGAAUGCUUUAGAGUAGAGAAAAAUCUGCUAGUUUAUGGAUGGGGCCGAUGGAGAGAGAUUCUGUCUCAUGGCCGUUUUAAAAGGCAGCUAAAUGAGCAUGAUGUAGAAAUAAUUUGCCGAGCACUCUUAGCAUAUUGCCUUAUUCACUAUCGAGGAGAUGAGAAAAUUAAAGGCUUCAUAUGGGAUCUCAUUACUCCAACUGAGGAUGGGCAGACUCGAGAGCUACAAAAUCAUCUAGGUCUAUCAGCCCCUGUACCCAGGGGCCGAAAAGGAAAGAAAGUAAAGACUCAAACAAGUUCAUUUGAUAUACAGAAAGCAGAAUGGCUUCGAAAAUACAAUCCUGAACAGCUACUUCAAGAUGAAGGCUACAAAAAACAUAUAAAACACCACUGUAAUAAGGUUUUGCUUCGUGUGAGAAUGCUCUAUUACCUAAAGCAAGAAGUCAUUGGAAGUGAGUGUCAGAAAGUAUUUGAUGGAGUUGAUGCAAGUGACAUUGAUGUUUGGGUCCCAGAAACAGACCACUCAGAAGUUCCUGCUGAAUGGUGGGAUUUUGAUGCUGAUAAGUCACUCCUUAUUGGAGUUUUUAAACAUGGUUAUGAAAAGUACAACACUAUCCGAGCUGACCCAGCACUGUGCUUUUUGGAAAGAGUGGGAAAACCAGAUGAGAAAGCAGUUGCUGCAGAACAGAGGGCAAAUGACUUUAUGGAUGGGGAUGUGGAAGAUCCAGAAUACAAACCUGCCCCCACUACUUUUAAAGAUGAUAUAGAGGAUGAUGUUUCCUCACCAGGAGAUCUUGUUAUAGCAGAUGGAGAUGGUCAUCUGAUGGAGGGUGAUAAAAUUUAUUGGCCUACUCAGUCAGCUUUGACCACACGUUUGAGGCGUCUCAUCACUGCAUAUCAGCGUACUAAUAAAAACAGACAAAUUCAGCAGAUACAACCUACUUUCUCAGUGCCUGCCAGUGUGAUGCGUCCUCUUUAUGAAGAAGCCACUCUUAAUCCAAAAAUGGCAGCCAAGAUAGAAAGACAGCAGAGAUGGACAAGAAGAGAAGAAGCUGACUUCUAUAGAGUUGUAUCUACUUUUGGAGUGGUAUUUGAUCCUGACAGAGGCCAAUUUGAUUGGACAAAAUUUAGAGCUAUGGCUAGGCUACAUAAGAAAACUGAUGAUAGUCUGGAGAAAUAUUUGUAUGCAUUCAUGUCUAUGUGUCGGCGAGUUUGUCGCCUUCCUUCCAAAGAAGAAUUGGUGGAUCCAAAUAUUUUUAUCCAGCCAAUCACAGAAGAACGUGCUUCUAGGACUCUGUAUCGCAUUGAACUUCUAAGGAAGGUACGGGAACAGGCCCUCCGACAUCCACAAUUGUUUGAACGCCUGAAGUUUUGCCAUCCAAAUCCAGACUUACCAGUCUGGUGGGAAUGUGGCCCUCAUGAUAGGGACUUGCUUAUUGGAGCUGCCAAACAUGGAGUGAGCCGAACAGACUAUCACAUUCUUCGUGAUCCUGAACUGUCAUUUAUGAUAGCUCAAAGGAACUAUAGUCGAAGCAGGAUGGCUCAUUCAAGGACUUCUACCCCCCUUUUACAGCAAUACCAAGUAGCACUUUCUGCUCCUCUUACCUCUCUACCAAGGCUCCUAGAUACUAAAGGUAUUAUUUUAGAGGAUAUCAAAGUGAAAAGUGAAAGCCUGAAAGAGGAGCCUCAGUCUUCUGAAGAAGAAUCCAUGUCUUCUGAUGAAACCAGGACACUAAUAAAGUCUGAGCCUGUAAGUCCAAAGAAUGGUGUCUUACCACCAGCUACCGGAGACCAGAAAUCUGGUGGAAAAGGUGAAACAGACCGACGCAUGGUUGCAGCCAGAACAGAACCCCUAACUCCAAACCCAGCUUCUAAGAAACAGCAAGUCCACAAAAGAGGAGCAGAAUCUAGUUCUGACUCUGACUCUGACUCUGAGAGAUCAUCGUGUUCUUCCAGAUCUUCCACCUCCUCGUCUUCCUCCUCCUCCUGUUCCCACUCUCGAUCAGGCUCAAGUUCUUCUUCAUCCUCCUCUUGCUCUUCAGCAUCUUCAUCCUCAUCCUCCUCCUCUUCAUCUUCCUCCUCCUCUUCAUCUUCAUCAGAAGAAUGUGACAGUGAAGAAGAGGAAGUCCAGAAGCGAGAUUUUCUUAGAGAAGCACUAUUGAAAAGGAAAUUAGAACUGGUACACACUCCCUAUUCAAUAUUCAAGGAUCGUGUGAUGAUCAACCGUCUGGACAGUAUUUGUCAAACAGUUCUGAAAGGAAAGUGGCCCUCAGCUAGAAGAAGUUAUGAUACCAACACAGUGGCUUCUUUCUAUACCACAAAACUGCUGGAGAGCCCUGGUGCAGCUACAGAAUAUAAUGAACCUAGUGUACCUACUCCUCCAGGUGCCGGUGUUAAAGAAGAACACGAUCAGUCAGCACAGAUGUCAAAGGUGAAGAAGCAUGUACGAGAAAAGGAGUUUACAGUGAAAAUCAAAGACGAAGGUGGUUUGAAGCUGACAUUUCAGAAGCAGGGGCUUGCUCAGAAAAGACCAUGUGAUGGCGAGGACAGCGCCCUGGGGCAGCAGCAGUACCUUGCGCGGUUGCGGGAGCUGCAGAGCGCAUCUGACACCAGCCUCGCCAGUUUCCCGAGAUCUGGGCCAGUAUUGGGUGCUUCGAUUCAGUCCACCCUUGGUGCCAAUGGAGUUAUAUUAGACAACCAGCCUACAGUCAAAAAAAGGAGAGGAAGGAGAAAGAAUGUAGAAGGUGUUGACAUCCUCUUUUUUAACAGAAAUAAACCACCUAAUCAUGUUUCUUUAGGCUUAUCAACCUCACAGAUUUCUACAGGGAUAAAUCCAUCACUAUCCUAUACUCAACCUCAAGGAAUUCCUGAUAUAGAAAGUCCAGUUCCAGUUAUUAAUCUUAAAGAUGGGACAAGACUUGCAGGUGAUGAUGCACCAAAGAGAAAGGAUUUGGAAAAAUGGCUUAAGGAGCACCCGGGUUAUGUGGAAGAUUCAGGAGCUUUUAUUCCUAGAGUGCAGCUCCAUGAGGGGAGACCCAAACAAAAAAGGCAUCGUUGCAGAAACCCCAAUAAACUAGAUGUUAAUAGUCUCACUGGAGAAGAACGUGUUCAGCUGAUUAAUAGAAGAAAUGCCAGAAAGGUUGGAGGUGCAUUUGCUCCCCCUUUGAAAGAUUUAUGUAGAUUCCUGAAGGAAAAUUCAGAGUAUGGAGUAGCUCCUGAAUGGGGAGAUGUUGUUAAGCAAUCUGGAUUUCUUCCAGAAAGUAUGUAUGAACGUAUACUCACUGGUCCUGUUGUGAGAGAGGAAGUAAGCAGGCGAGGGAGGAGGCCUAAAAGUGGAAUUGUGAAGGCCACAGCAGCAGCUGCAGCUGCAACCACCUCCAGGGUGCCAGGCAACCCUCUGCUAGCCAAUGGAUUACUUCCAGGCGUGGAUCUCUCCACUCUUCAGGCCUUACAACAAAACCUACAGAACUUGCAGUCACUGCAGGUCACUUCGGGGCUAAUGGGAAUGCCUGCUGGCCUUUCUUCCCGAGGAGAAGCUAAAAACGUGGCCGCCAUGUUCCCCAUGUUGCUGUCAGGAAUGACUGGGUUGCCAAAUCUGUUGGGCAUGGGAGGACUCCUGACAAAGCCUGCAGAAUCUGGAACAGAAGGAAAAAAUGGAAAUGACUCUAAGGAGCUAGAAGGAAAAAAAGAAAGGACAGAGAACCAAAAUUCAGAGAAUGGCGGAGAAAACUGUGUGACAAGUUCUCCUUCAGCAUCCUCUACUGCUGCAUUGAACACAGCUGCAGCUGCCAGCCCGCUAGCUCUUAACCCUCUGUUACUUUCUAACAUACUUUAUCCAGGGAUGCUUCUCACUCCAGGCCUUAAUCUUCAUGUUCCAACUUUGUCUCAGUCCAAUACUUUUGAUGUACAGAAAAACAAAAAGAGUGAUUUAGGCUCAUCUAAAUCUGUAGAAAUAAAGGAAGAAGAUUCCAGAGUUAAAGAUCAGGAAGACAAAGGGGGAACUGACCCAAGUCCCCUCAAUGAAAACAGCACAGAUGAGGGUUCAGAGAAAGCCGACGAUGCUUCAUCUGGAUCUGAUAGUACAUCAUCGUCAUCUGAGGAUUCAGAUUCUAGCAAUGAAGACUGAUUCCCAGCCUGCACUUAAAUUAUGAACUGAUUUUGGAUUUUUUCUUUAAUUAUUAAUUGUAAAUACCCCAGUGUUGAGUGCAUCAAUAACUUCCCGAUCAUUUCAGUUAUUUGUUUAGAAGUGCAAACUGCUUUCAGAGACGUUUUGCAUGUAAUAUUUCUUAAGUUUCUGAACUCGUAUGUACUAUCAAAUACAUAAAGGUGUAAAAUUACAACAAAAGGCAUUAUAAUUUUGUUGGGGGUUAAUUUUAUGAAAAUUAUGCUCAAUAAGAGUUGUAUAUUUAAUAUAUUUGCAGUGAACACAGAAUACUUUAUGCAUAUUACUGAUUUAAUUUGAAUAUAGUUUUACAGCCUCCUUGACACCUAUAAUUUACAGAUCAAAACUCAGCAAUAAUUUGGGCAGCUAAUGAAUGUCAUGAAAGCUGUAGAAUCUACAUCACCAUCCAUUGCUUUAAUUACAUGAAAAUGCUCUAGUGUUGUGAUGCACUGCUGAUGUUUCCAAUUCAGGUACAAGUGUGUUUUAAAGAAGAAAUAAGUUUCCCAAUCAGCCAAUUUAACUGGCUACCUGUUACCUCAGCUGAGUUAGUUUAGGAAGUUUACAUUCGUUUCUAAUUCUAUACUUGUUUUCAGGGGUUUUUUAAACACAUCCUAUGUAUCAUGUUAAUCUGGCAAGAAAUAAGACUUGAUUUUUGCUGAGCUUAACUCUGAUGUCAGUAAAAUUAAGUCAAAAAUAAUCCUGUGUCAUGUGACUUUGGCACCUUCUAGACAUAGUUUUAACUUUUCAAAGUUUGGCCUCCUAUUAGAAAUAAUUGUUUCUCAGAUGAGUAAUAUCUCUUCCCAGGGUUCAGACAAGGCAAACUCAUGAAAUGCCACUGAAAAGAACUUUGAACACAGCAUACUUCAUGUAAAAGAAAUUGUUUGUUUGCUUUAUUUGUGUAGAUUUGUAUUUUAUGUCAUGGAAAUAUUUCAAAAUUAACAGAUAAUAGUGGUAAAGUAAUAUACAGAUAGUCUAAAUUCAUUUUGAGUUUCUAGGUAUAAGCAAACUAAAUGUUGCCCAGAAUCAGUGUUGGAUUAUCAGUUUAUAUUAAAUAUACUGAGUUGCCCAUUGUGAAAAUGCACUUUGAAUAAUCUCAAAAAUAUAUACAAUUUAUAUCUCUGUAAACGACAAAAAUGAAGCCCAAGGCUUCUGAUCAAUUUCUUAGACCCCUUUACCAUGUAAAAUUUGUCUGAUAUUUGAUUUGUCACACAAUUUCUCCUGCUAAAGCUGCUAUUAUUCUGACAAGGUGAAGAGGUCCAGGUUCACUUUAUAAACAUUUAAAACAAUUAAAACUGAAGUGGAAAUGAAAUACAAUUUACAUUCUGAGGAGAGAUAGAUGUUAGCAUUUUUCUGAUGCUUGAAUAAGUCAGUGAUAAAGUUGUGAGGGGAUAAAUUUAGGGGGGAAAAAGCACCCCACUUCUCCCACAGAAAAUAAUACCUUUCAGUAUAUUUUGAUAGAACUCUGUUGCUUUGUCAUGAAUUAAGUAAUUACAUUGGAUUUUCCAAGACCUUUACCAGUAAAUUAUGUUUCUGUUAUGUAAAAAUAACUAAUCCCUUACUAGAGAGACAGUGUUAUAUGUAUUACAAAAUUAUAUAAGUUCCAUUUGGAUUGUGUUGAUUUUUGUAUUCUCCCAAAAUAGUACUUUGAAUUGAUAGUCCUUUAAGCAAUGUCUUAGCAAUAGGCACUCUAAUGCCCUUCCAGGAGAAGUGGGUAGUAAUUCUUCAUCAUGAAAAUGAUAUAUUACAUAUUUAGUAUCUUCCCCUUGCAGUAUUGCACUUUUGUUUAACUAGAAUACACCUAUGAGAUAGCCAAAGUUUCAAACACACUUAACUUAGUUUGCUGAUGGAGUAUUUCAAUACCAUCCAUCUUUCCUUUCCCUCCCUCUAGUUGUACCCACAUGAUCUCUAUUCUUUUCUUUCCCCAAUUUAAAAAGAAAAAAAGAAAAAAAAAACCUUAGAUCUUCUCACUAAAAUCUAAUUUAUAUCAAAUUUAUGAUAUAAAGUAUUUUCCUAAUUAUGGUCAAGUGAAUUUGGUUAACAUCUUAGUGAUUCUCUUUUUAUGUAAUAAGGCAAUUGCAGUUUUCAAAGCAUUAAGGCUAAUAUGAACUUUAAACAUUCUCUUAGGUUUCAAGAUACUUCUAUUUAGUAUUGAUUGGGGUAAAAGUCCAGCUAUCAGUUUUUUAAAAAAUGCAAAUAUGGUUGUGUAAGGUUAAGUAAGGGUUACAAGGACAAGAAUCUGUAGAAUUACAUAAUAACUGAAGUUGCAGUUGAAAGGAUAUCCAAGUUAUGUGUUGGUAGUUACUAAAAGAGUUAUAGCUGUUAUUGCCUUGUAUUUAUAGCCCUUGUUUCAGGUUUCAUGAUUCAAGUCUUAGUCCAAUUUUUCUUUUGGAC